UGCGUGCUGUCAGGCGCUAAACUUGAAUGGAAACGUCUAGUACGUCUCGGCCAUACGCCAUCAUCUGAUGAAUUACAAUAAUUUCACCUACAUUUAUGGAGACGUCGAGGAAGAGAGACCCGAGCGACGAUUUGGGUCUACUCUUCAUUAAUCCAAGAAUUAAAGAUGGCCUUCGGAGGGCUGGAUUUUGUUCUGCCCGUUCAAUCUUUUCUACAUCUCACUUUGAGCUGCGCGAGAGAGCUGGAUUAAGUAAUGCUGACAUUGAAAGCCUCAUAAGUGCUUUAUCUCAGGCCAUUCUUCCAGAAUCAAGAACAUGUUGGGAAGUAUUAGAGGAGGAGGAAGGCAGCACCUUAACUAUUCCAACUGGGUGUUCUCAACUUGACAGAAACCUUGGAGGUGGCAUUCCAGUAAAAGGGAUCACCGAAAUAUAUGGGGAAAGUGGAAGUGGUAAGACCCAGAUAGCACUCCAGCUUGCGCUUAAUGCUCAACUCUCAAAGAAUCUUGGAGGAUUUGGCAAAGGUGUUGUCUACAUCUGUACUGAAUCACAAUUUCCCAUUAAUCGUCUUCAUCAGAUGAUUGACUUCAUGCAGAAAAGAUAUCCUCAAGGUCCCAAGUCAUACAAGGAUUGCCUCUUUAUACAUCACAUACCUGAUUUAGAAAAUUUGUUGUAUUGUAUCCAGUACCAGCUGCCUACUUUGAUGUCAAAACAUGAAAUUGGGAUGGUAAUCUUAGAUACUGUAGCUGCUGUCUUUAGAUCUGAUGAGGGACCAGAGAUUAAUAGACUUGUGAUGUUUAAAAAGCUACGACACAAGUUGCAUGAACUUGGUUCACUGAAGAAAACACCUGUUAUAGUUUUGAAUCAGGGUUGAUCCCUGAGAACCAGCCCGAGAAGAGUCUACUUGAGACUCAGAGGUCUGGAAAAACUAACCCCUAAUGGACCAAUGUAAACCCUUACAAGGCAAAAUGGCUCUUUCUCAACUCCCCAUAACCAUUUCCUUAAACCUCUAGGACAUUGACUCAUAUUCAAAGUGAUGGUAAUAUUUUAAAGUGUCUAGAUUUUUGGCUAGAGGAUUGGUUUUGGUGCAGAGCACUGCUAUUUGGCCUCAGCUUGACUUUGGAUGUCUUCCUAAAGUUCCCAGGACUUGAAAGUGGGUUUCUUCAGGUUGUAUAUCAGAGGGGUAUUGCCUGCAGUAUGCCAUGCAAGCCUGCUGCUAAUGGCACUUAAGAUUCUUUGUAACAUUCCUUCAGCCCUGAGUUACAUGUCUUUCUGCCAUUUUCAUAUCAUCUGGGCUGUGUGGUUUCUUCUCUCAUAACUGUCUAACAUUUUUAACCCUUUCUUGCCGUAGUGUUUUACAUUUCAGGAGAUUUUCCUCAGAUUCUUUCAGUGAGAAGCAUUCUUUUGUACUGUUUGAGAAAGCCUGUGCCUUCUCUGUUAUUGCAAAAGAAUGCUUUUUCUAGUUACAGAUUCCAGUUACUGUGCUUCCCAAAGAUGAUAAUCUAUUGCCUGGUUACAAGUCAUGGUUGGUAAAACUUUGAAGAGGUUCCUUGAACUGUCAUUUUUCCAGUAAGUUAAUUGGGGUUUUUGAUAACCAGAGAAGGAAACUUUUUAUCUGACAAAGUGUGCUCCCAGACGAUUUUUUGAAGAUAAUAGC